AUAUACUCCACCUCCUCCACCUCCCACAUUUUCCACGCCACCGACUUCGGUGCUGACCCCACCGGCUCCACCGACUCCACCGCCGCCCUCUCCCAUGCCCUCUCAGCCGCCUCCUCCUCCUCCCACUUUUCCCUUAUGCCCUCCAUCCCCAACUUCGGCGGUGCCGAGCUCCACCUCGAUGGUGGCAAUUACCUCAUCUCCUCCCCUAUCUUCCUCCCCUCCUCCGGUGCCGGCAACCUCAAAAUCCACUCUGGCAGCCUCCUCGCCUCCAAUAUCUUCCCACCCGAUCGCUACCUCAUUGAACUCAACGGCUCCACCUCCUCCGCCUUCUCUUUCGAGUAUAUAACCCUCGCCGGCCUAAUGCUCGACUCCAACUUCCGCGGCGGAGGCAUCGCAGUCGUUGACUCCCUCCGCGUCAUCAUCGAUGGCUGUUAUAUCGUCCACUUCACUACCGACGGCGUUUUAAUUCGCAACGGUCAUGAGAAUCUCAUCCGAAACUGUUACAUUGGCCAGCAUAUUACCGCCGGUUCAGACCCGGGUGAACGGAAAUUCACCGGUACGGCAGUACAACUAAACGGCAAUGAUAACGCCGUUACUGAUGUCGUUAUCUUUUCCGCUGCCGUUGGAAUUCUCGUCGCCGGAGAAGCUAAUAUCAUCACCGGCGUUCACUGUUAUAACAAGGCGGCCGCGUUCGGCGGGACCGGGAUUUAUGUGAAGUUGCCCGGUCUGACCCAAACCCGGAUCGUUAACUGUUAUUUGGAUUUCACAGGGAUCGUGGUUGAAGACCCGGUUCAGCUUCUCAUAUCCGGCUCGUUUUUCUUGGGGGAUGCCAACGUGGCCUUCAAGUCCGUCAACGGGGUCAUAAAAGACGUCAACGUGGUUGACAAUUUGUUUUCUGGGAGGAAUCGUGGGGCCCACAACGUGUGGUUGGAUGAAUCAAGUGGGAAGUUUGAGACCGUCGAUCAGGUGGUGGUGAACCGGAACGCUGUGAUGGGGAUGCUGCCGAGAUCGACGGUGGCUAGAGGGACGGUGGAGGGGAAUGGGACAAUGUGGACCGUCGAUUUCUCGGCGGUUUUGUUGUUCCCGAAUAGGAUUGAUCAGGUGCAAUAUUCGCUGGUGACGACGAAUGGGUUCCCGGGUCAUACUUUGAGGAGUGUGGAGAGUAAUCGGGUUGUUAUCGUGUCGGAUAUUGUAGUCAAUGCGACCGUACAUGUGGAGGUGGGCCAAGCUGUAGGUCCAUGA